GUUCAUCGACCUUCGCGACGAGCUCAACGCGUGGGACGACGACGAGAGCAUCGCCGACGACGUGCAAUGGGUCAUGCUUCAAAACGACUGGUGACAAAUGCCUCAAGGCUAGCCUCCGUCUCCACCUCCCACCUCCCAAAAUUCCCGCCAAAGGAGGCCCUCUUCCUCCGUGACCAGGAAAUUCCCCAGCCUGAAUUUGAACCCGAAGUUUGGGCUUCCCUACAGCCACCACCGCCCUCAGCGCUCUCAGCUUUUGCGAGCAGAAUAGGUCUCUCUUCUGUACUAUCGACGACAGAGUUGAUACAGCAAGCAUGCACCCAUUCCUCCUUUGUCGCCUUCCACCAACACUAUUAUCCUUCCGAACCGGCACCCAUAUCCAAUGCCCAGCUUGCAACAAUAGGAAACUCAUUAAUGGGUCUAUUUGCAACAGAACACAUAAAUGCAACUUAUCCGUAUCUUCCUACGCGUGUUUUGAAGGCUGCCAUAACUGCUCAUGUCGGUAAUAUGACUUGUGCUAGCGUCGCCAAUGAAAUGGGUGCUGCACCUCUUCUGCGAUGGCGCAGAACGCCAAACACACCUAACCGACCCGGCGUCCUACACCCCGACGCUCUAUCAUCGAUACCGAGAGCGAUAACUGCCUUGAUAUAUCAAAAACGAUCACUUCUAUCCGCCCGGAAAUUCGUUCAAUCAUAUUUUCUCACUCGCGAAAUAGAUCUCCGUGGCAUGAUUAAAUUCCGGGAUCCAAAGGCAGCUUUGCUGGAAAUGGUAGCAAAAUUUGGAGCGGAACGACCAAAAUCAAGACUACUUCGUGAAACCGGUCGUUUUUCUAGAGCCCCCGUUUUCGUCGUAGGCGUAUUUUCUGGAGAAGAUCAGCUGGGAGAAGGAUUUGGUAGCUCCCUCAAGAUGGCCGAGUACCGAGCUGCUGAAGAUGCUCUACUUCGAGUAUACCUUACACGGACUCCGUCACAUCUAGUGCAGCUACCGACAUCCACAUUUUCUCAGAGUCUGGGAGACGUGUUCCAGGCGGCACCAGAGGGUGAGUAUAUACCGCCAGAUCUGGUUGAGUCUGAGAUCAUGUACGCGAGUUCGGGGAAGAGCGGAGCUGCGCCAGGCAUAACACAGCAAAGUUGAAUAUAUCUUAUCUUUUUCGGAU